AUGAGAACCCUCGUCUUCUCCCUCCUGAUGCUGCUGCUGCUGCUGCUGCCACUGACUAUUGUCUCCUCCAGCCCUGAUCCAGAGGCUGCUGAAGGCCAGAAGGAGCGCAAUCUGCCAGCAAAGAGGCAUCACAGAGGCAGAAGGCAGGAGUGCCGGUGUGAAGAUGUCUUCCAGAACUCUCCUGGAGGAAAGAGGCUGAGGGUUCCCAAGCAGCCCACAAGACAGUGCCCAUGUGACCACCUCAAACACAAACAGAAAAAAUCAGGCUCAGGGCAUCAGAGGCAUGCGAGACAAAGAUGCUUCCGGUUUCUGAAACAAUGUCAGCAAAGGCACAUUCUUCUGCCUCUGUCCGGGCCCCUCUGA